AUGAUUCAAAAGUUCUCUCGCUUUAUCAAUUCUGGCGCUGGCCUGGAGAAGACCCUUCGUCUGAUCCAGUGCACGGCACAGGUGGUCGCAGCACUCACCGUGAGCAGUGCUCUGGCUGUGCAAUUGACCACGGUCAAGUUGCAAUUGGCACUGGCACGGAGAUAUUUCCGGUUCUUUGGAUUCAUUGAUUCCUUCCAGCGCAUGUAUGCAUUGCUAGGUAAAGAUGGGUUCACCUCAGUGGGCGGACUGAUUGACCUUGCCAAGUGGACCUGCUUUGGCCUUUAUUUCGUUCUGGAGGACCUGACUACGCUCCAUGCCAUGGGUGUAUAUUCCGUAUCCUGGCAUGACCCUGUCAUGGACCAAGCCAACACCUUCUGGCUCUAUGCCUUGUCGUUCUCAGUUGUCGGUAGUCUCUGGGCUCUCCUGUUUGGUCGUGCCUCAGAACAACCACCCAAGAAGAACGGCAAGAACAAGAAGGAGAAGGUCGAGACCGAGAAGGCUGUUGCGGGCAAAGCGACUGCUUCCUCGGCCUUGAUUCAGCAGAUCGUGGUCGAUAGCUGUGAUUUACUCAUCCCAUUGGAACUUCUCCACUGGAUGCCCACAGGAGAUGUCGUGGUUGGAUCCACCAUGGUAUUGAGUACACUUUUGACUGCUCAGAACAUUUGGGCUCGGAAGCAAAAAAGAAUGGACUCGCGGGGAAUCGAACCCCGGACCACUCCCAUGCUAAGGGAGUAUUAUACCACUAAACCACAAGCCCAACUUGAUGUAAGGACUGGGGAUUUAGUGCUAGAUAAGCCAGAAAUGGAGCCGAGACAGGGGCUUGAUGUCACGGAGUUUGAUAGAUCAAUCGUUUGA